UUUUGGUGAGUCCUAGCUAAUACCACAAAUCUUGAGGCACACUAAUCUUAAAAGAAAGAGCAUUUCCUAGCACUAUUAUGAUGAAACAUUAACACUGGUUCUUAACUCGAAUCAAAUACAGUUUGAGAAAGAUUUGGGUUUUCCUCCUCCAAUUUAUAAGUGAAUAUAUAAAUUUUUUUUCUUUUGCAAAAUAAUAGUAAUUACUCAAAUCAGCGAGAAUACCAGAGUAUCUGAAACAAAUAGAUAUUGGCAUCAUAAGUAUCAUAACACUGUUGUUUUCAGAAGUUCCCCAGAUCCUCCCUAAAUUCCCUCCAGGUUGACAUUUCUCAUCUAGUCUUUGGAGAGAUUUUUCUUUUGAAAAGUAAAUACCAAAAAGUAAAUACCAAAAGCAUUUUCGAUUCUGGAGAGAUUUCUUCUUUUUUCUUUAUUGUUUGGAGAAUUAUUAGGAGAAAGACAUGAAACCAAAGCACCCACCAGGCCAAUGAAGCAAUAGAAAAACUCAGAUCCUGACUGACCCAGCUGAUGGUUUUGCGCUUGUAGGUAAAAUCAACUUUGGAAAUCAAUUCUGGGCCAGCAGGCGUGGAACUCCCAAGAAUAUUCUUAGGAUGUGAGCUCAUGUUCCCUUUUAUGAAAGCUACCCUCCUAUAAGCAAUCUAACCUGGAGUUCCUGUUGUGGCUCAGUGGUUAACGAACCCAACUAGGACCCAUGAGGAUUCAGGUUCAAUCCCUGGCCUCGCUCAGUGGGUUAAGGAUCCGGUGUUGCCGUGAGCUAUGGUUUAGGACUCAGACAUGGAUCGGAUCUGGCCUGGCUGUGGUUGUGGUAUAGCCUGGUAGCUAUAGUUUCGGCUCAAGCCCUAGCCCGGGAACCUCCAUAUGCCACAGGUGCGGCCCUAAAAAGGACAAAAAGACAAAAAAGAAAAGAAAUCUAACUUAACAAAGCUGACUGAUGAAGGGGAUGAGGCAGUGACUUUCUGUUGGGUCCCUCAAUCAGACACUCAAUCAACAGUUACUCCCCCACAGGAGGAUGAACACUUGCCCUGAUGAUUUAAAUGUACACUAGAGGGUCCCUUCAUAUACAACCAAUUCAUUACUAAAUAUCUAUCUCAAUUCAUUAACAUGACGGGACCAAAUUGACAAAUGCGCAUUGCAGGUUUACUCUCUGGCUUAGAAAAAAGAGAUCCAAUAUAUUCUUGAAUGAAAACACAGCAAACUAUAAACAGUAUGCACAACAGAGUAACAUUCUUAAGGGGGUAUACAUACUCAUAGAAAAAUUUUAAAGCACAUGCACCAAAAAAGGUUAAUAGUAACUAUCUCUCUACAUUAUGAUUUUUCUCUUCUACCUCCAGAUUUCUCUAAAAUGAAACCAAAAGGAUAAAGAUAAAACCGGCACUCUACCAGACUGUGCUGGAUCAUAUCUUGUUUGUUGGUUAGAUGUCUCAGCAGGAUACAAAUUGCAACAAUUUUUUAAGUUAUAACUUUGAAAAGCUAAUGAGCAUCAUUAUGCACACUAAGAAAAUUUUCCUUAAACACCCAAUAUUUUAAUUCAUAAUACCUUUCAGGGCACAAAAUACUGAUGUUCUUUAAAAUCAUUAUGAUGAAAAACAUGUUAGGUGCUUAAAAACAAAGAACAACUAUGUAUUACAAUGGACGAAUAAAAACCUUUCCUCUAAAAUAAUAGACAAAUCUGAAUUAUUUAAGAAAGCUUACAAAAAAUUGAAAAGAACUUCUAGAGGAGCCUUCAUACAGUUAAACUAUUGCAAACCACAGUUUCACCUACGUCAAUAUGCAAACUAUUAAAACCACACAAAAAGGAAAGGAAAUUUUUAGUGCAGCCGGCAGUCCUGCAAUGGGGCUGCUACUGCUGUAGCUGCUGAACAGCUCAUGCUUCUCUGACGAUUUGGAGCCGGGCCCACUGAGGCUCAGAGAAUAUAUCCCCCAGAUUCUCACCGUGAACUACACUGUAAUUUUCUUCUACCUGAUGACCCCUUCCAUUCUUCUCAAAAAGACAGCUUAAUUCACACAAGACUGACUACUACUUCCUUGGAGGCCAGGCUUCUCUAGCAGGAAGAGUUCUAUCACGCUAUGAAAACAGAAAGCCAGGAAGCCUCGUUGAAAGGUCUUCAGGCUGGGCCACACAGCCAAACCACUUCUUUUCUCCUCUUUUUCUCAGAAUUUCAGUUCACUUAUCUCCUCUGCAAACUAACUUCCAACCCAACUGGUAACAAAAGAGCUAUCAGAAGACAAAACCGUGAGAUCAAAAAUAUGCCUUCUAGAAGCAACCUAUGUGGGAUUUCCCAAAAUCACAAAAUCAGACCAUGGAAAACCCAGGCUUCCUCACAAUAUAAGAUGUUUCCACCAUCCACAUGAUCUAGUAAGUCCCUCAAUGAAUUUCUAAGAAGCAGAGAGACUGGGACUAUAGUUUCGUGAGUACAAAUGUGUUUACAGAAAAUAAUUGCUGUUUCCUUUUUUUUUUUUUUCCAACAGAUUCUUUGGAUUUUUUUUUUUUUUUUUUUUUUUUGGAAAGAGUAAUCCUUACUUUCCCUCAAGAUGACAAACAGUUCUAUCUUCUGCCCAGUUUACAGAGACCUGGAGCCAUUCACGUAUUUUUUUUAUUUGGUUUUCCUUGUUGGAAUUAUUGGCAGUUGUUUUGCAACCUGGGCUUUCCUACAGAAAAAUGCAAAUCAUAGGUGUGUAAGCAUAUACUUGAUUAAUUUGCUAACCGCAGAUUUCCUGCUUACUCUGGCCUUACCGGUGAAAAUCAUUGUCGACUUGGGCGUGGCUCCCUGGAAGUUGAAGAUAUUCCACUGCCAAGUAACAGCCUGCCUCAUCUACAUUAAUAUGUACUUAUCAAUUAUCUUCUUAGCAUUUGUUAGCAUUGAUCGCUGUCUUCAGUUGACUUAUAGCUGCAAGAUUUAUCGAAUACAGGAACCUGGAUUUGCCAAAAUGAUCUCGGCCGUUGUGUGGCUAAUGGUCCUUGUUAUAAUGGUGCCAAACAUGGUAAUUCCCAUCAAAGAAAUCAAGGAAAAGCCCACCGUGGGUUGUAUGGAAUUCAAAACGGAGUUUGGAAAAAACUGGCAUUUGCUGACAAAUUUCAUAUGCAUAGCAAUAUUCUUAAAUUUCUCAGGCAUCAUCUUAAUAUCUAACUGCCUUGUAAUUCGACAACUCUACAGAAACAAGGAUAAUGAAAAUUAUCCAAACGUGAAAAGCACUCUCAUCAAUAUACUUUUAGUGACAACGGGCUACAUCAUAUGUUUUGUUCCUUAUCACAGUGUCCGAAUCCCAUACACCCUCAGCCAGACAGAGGUCAUAUCUGACUGUCCAACCAGGAUUUCACUCUUCAGAGCCAAAGAGGCCACACUGCUCCUGGCUGUGUCCAACCUGUGUUUCGACCCGAUCCUGUACUAUCAUCUCUCAAGAGCUUUCCGUUUAAGGGUCAAUGAGACUUUUGCCUCACAUAAGGAAAGCAAAGUGCAGAAAGAAAAAUCAAGUUGUGAAAACAAUGCAUGAAAUAUGGAUUUUUCAUGUGAUUAUGUCUUGCCCUACUGGACAAUUAAGUACAAAACUACUGAAAGGAGGAAGAAAAGUGCCUCAAGUAAGUAAAAAUGCAGAUAGCUAACAAAUGUGGCUUGGUUUACUGAGAACUCUGUUUCUAAAUGCAAGCCAAGAAGUACUCUUGUGGUUGCUGAUGCUCCUUAACCCAAUUGUUUGUACAAAGAGCUGAAGUCUUAUUGGACCAAUAUAUAACCCUGCAAUAUCCUUGAAAUGUAAAAUGAGUUCUAAGACACAGACUCAGAGGUAGUCAUUUAAAGGCCUGGAACUGACUUCCUGACACAAACAGGCAAAAUAAUCUCUGUAAAUUGCCAGAAAGCCCUUCAGCAACACAACUUAAAGCCCUUCAGAUUGCUUUCCAAAAAAAAAAAAAAAAAAAAAAGCCAGAUGAUUUUUUUUUACAUGAAACCACAUGUACCUGAUUUAUUUUUAAUCCAUCACUUCAAAAAGGGUAAGCUUUUUGCUCACUACUCCAAUUUUUAACAUCUCAAUGUUUCCUAACACAAGAGCUUAAAAAUUUUUACUCCUAAAAAGGCUUGGAGAUCCAUGGACAGUUUUGAUUGUGCUAUAUAUCCUUAUAUUCUACCUGAAGGUUAAAAAUAAAGAUUUUCUACAUCAGGAA